AUGGGAAAGCAAUUGCAGCGCCAGGACUCUGGUGUUGAGAGCAACCGUCCAGGCUGCAUGUGGAGCCUAAUGCAUAUGCUUGAUUACCAUAAUUGGAACAAUGUCAAAAAUAUGCUUCCACACAGAAAGCGCGCCGGAGGGAGACGAGUCAGAUGCAACUAUGGAAGUAGGAAAGCAACUUUGAACAGUCGUGACAUUGGUCAAAGGGAAGAAUUUGCAGCUGCUGAUGCUGAACCUUUGCUGGUCAAACAUCCCAGUACAGAAAUUAGCUCAGCAAAGAAAAGGUCUGGUAAAUCUCGCACAAAAGCAUCAAGUGCUAAAGAGAAACCUCGUGAAGAAAGCACCAAAAGCUGGAUUUUAAGCUUCCAUGUGCAAUCAUGGUUGUGGCGCACGAGCGAAGUGCACGAUGUACAGCCUUCAGAAAAUUGUUUGGAUAAAACAGGAAAGAGAGGCAGCACUAGUCCCAGCAAGAAACAGGCACUUACUACAGAAGAAAGUGAAAAAGUCAUGGAAUUGGCACCGAACCAGAAGCCAACAAAGACUAACCAGGCACACAAAGACAUUUCCAGCGACCAGUUUAAUGACCAUGCUGAUAUUCUGGAGAUAUUUAAGGCAAACAAGGAAUUUUUCUUAAAAUUCCUACAAGAUCCAGAUGUUAAUACAAACCAGUUUCCUGGCCUGCAAAAUUCCAAGAACAAAGUCAGACUAACAAAAUCAAGGUCAUUUCCUGUAGCUGAUUCAUCUCAAGCUAGAAAUAUUAGGCCUAAGAGCACACUCAAACACAAGCAGAAUGAAGUUUGGUCCUUCCCCAAAGGAGAAAUACUGCUUUCUGGUACUCAGACACCAAAGUUAGUGACAUCCGAAUCUCAAGAGGAUUAUUCUAUGAAGUCCAUGCCUUACGUGGCUGGUGAUAUCAGUGUAGGCAGCAGUGUCAUGAAACAAGAAACAAGCUUUUCUUCUCCGGGUUUGCCUGAGGGAUUUAGUCACCAAGGGUGGAAUCAGUUGGUCAUAAAUCGUUUCAAAGAUAUAACGCAGAAGCUAAUGCAUGCAAUUCAGGAGGGCAAGAAGGAAAAUGCUGACCCUUCCAUUAAGGCACUCUUCCGGAAAGACCCUUCUGGAUGUGAUGAGAAAGAAUUGUCUGAAACUCCGGAUAUAGCCAUGGGACAACAGAGAAACAAGGUGGAUGGUUUUGAUGAUAAUCUUGGGAAGCCAAGAAUUCGCCGUGUAAGAAGAACCUCCUCUUUAGAUGAGUCACUGAAUAGAUAUACUCAGUUGUUUGAGUCUAGCUACAGCAGUGAUCAAAGCAAGUGGGAUCGCUCUAGGAGCUUAAAGUUGAAAAGUGAAGAAAAAGUUCCUUCAACUGGGAAUGCUCAGAAAUUCACUAGAAGGAAUCUCUCAUUGCCUGAUCUUGACUAUUUUUGUUCCACCUUAAAUCGGGCACCGAAAGAUGCUUUUCGUUUAGGGAUGCCAGUUAAAAAUGCUGUGGACCACAAUACGAAUAAGGAAAGUGAUGGUCAUGUUGAUCCCAAGUCAGUGAGCUUUCCUGUAGAUACAGCAGAUAAGUCUGAACAACUAGAUGCUAUUACAGAGACAGAGUUUCAGAAUAACAUGGUAGAAAGAAGUGAAAGCAGUGGUAAUAUUGUUAACUCAGAGGACCUUGAUGAGCAUUUAGAUGAGCCAGCAAUAGGAGAAAUCAGAACUCACCAGAAACAAGAGAUUGGUUUAAGAAUGAAUCCAGAAAGUGAGCUAGCACAACCAAUUGAAAGUUCUAUUCUUGAACCUAAUCUUUCAGACUAUACAACUAGCCAUGCAGAGUUUUCAACCUCAGAAGGUUCAGAGAUAAAUCCUAGGAGCUCCCAUGUGAACGAGUCAGAUUGUUUAGCAGCCUCCCGCAACAUUGUAAACACUGAAAUUGAACACAAGAGUAUGGACAAUCACUCAGCGAGAUUUGUAUUCAAUAAAGUGGAUGAUCCCGAUUCUGAAUUCAAUUAUGUGAAAUAUGUUCUUGAGCUGUCAGGCUUCAUAGGUCAUGAGGACCUUGGGACAUGGCACUCACAGGACCAGCCUUUAGAUCCUGCAUUAUUCAAGGAACUGGAGGCUUGCUUUCAGCAUGAACUUGAUCACCAGCUUCUGUUUGAUUUAGUUAAUGAGACACUGCUUGAGGUUUAUGAAAGAUCAUACACCUACUUCCCAAGAGCCUUGUCCUUGAGUGGAUGCAUCCGUCCAAUGCCCAAAGGGCACCAUCUUCUUGAUGAUGUAUGGAAAAGAGUUAGCUCAUACCUGAGCUUGAGGCCGGAGAUGGACCAGUCGUUGGAUGAUGUCGUGGCUCGAGAUUUGGCAAAGGGUGAUCGCUGGAUGAACCUGCAAUGGGACACUGAGUGUGUGGCACUUGAACUUGAGGAUUUGAUAUUUGAUGAACUAUUAGAUGAAGCUAUUUGUAUUUGA